UGAUUUUUUUCCAUUCAAGUGCUGUGCGCUCACUGCGCUGCCGUUUUGGCGACGCGCAAGACUCGAACGCCCAACCAUAGACGCGCCCCUACCAAAAGGAGCUAAUCUAAACAAACAUGGCAGCCUGUGUCCUACGACAAGGGCUGCUAUCUACGUUUAGAAAAUUUAAUAGAAAACACACGUAUCGAGCAUUAUACUUCAACUUCCACAGUACAGGUGACCUUCAAAGACCUAGGCUUUUAUGCUCGACAUGGAACAUUUUCGACAUACAACAGAAACGGUUCAUGUCAUCACGGCCGGAAGGGAAGGUGUUGGAGACAGUAGGUGUAUUUGAGGCACCAAAGCAACAUGGGAAAUACGAAACUGGACAGUUGUUUCUGCACAGUGUGUUUGGCUACAGAGGGAUUGUGCUGUUCCCCUGGCAUGCCCGUCUGUAUGAUCGCGAUGUCUCCCCACAAGCAGCAGAAAGUAAGCCCGAGCCCCCUGGAGCACACGGGUCUAAAGAAGUCAAAGGGAAAACGCACACAUACUAUCAAGUCUUGAUAGAUACCAGAGACUGUCCGCACAUAUCUCAAAGAUCACAGACGGAGGCGGUGACGUUUCUUGCCAAUCAUGAUGAUAGCCGGGCACUUUACGCUAUUCCAGGUCUGGAUUAUGUUAGCCAUGAAGAUAUUCUUCCCUACAACUCAACUGAUCAAAUCCCCAUCCAGCACGAGCUGUUUGAGCGAUUCCUCAUGUAUAAUCCCUCUAAAGUGCCCUGCUUUGUCCCCAGAGACACGUUACGGGCGUGGCAGGAGAAGAACCACCCCUGGCUGGAGCUGUCCGACGUCCACAGAGAGACUACAGAGAACAUCCGGGUCACAGUCAUCCCCUUCUAUAUGGGCAUGAGGGAAGCACAAACAUCUCAUGUCUACUGGUGGCGUUACUGUAUCCGUUUGGAGAACCUGGGCGACGAGGUGGUGCAGCUGAGGGAGAGGCACUGGAGGAUCUUCAGCCUGUCAGGCACACUGGAGACUGUCAGGGGCAGAGGGGUGGUGGGACGAGAGCCCGUGUUAUCCAAAGAGCAACCAGCCUUCCAGUACAGCAGCCAUGUUUCUCUGCAGGCCCCCAGCGGACACAUGUGGGGAACCUUUUCCUUCCAGAGGGGCGGCGGGGACAUGUUUGACGUAGCCAUCCCGUCCUUCUCCCUGGACAGCCACGGCCACAGGGACAGCCCCUACUCCUUCCUAUUCUGAAGCUCGAGAACCUCCUUACACAACGACAUGCCUCCUCUCGUCUCCCAUUCCCCCCUCCAUCUCUUCUUUUCUGUCACUAUGCACAGCUGACACCAGUGUUGGGCAACUUCAAGCCAAGUCAGCAUUAUUAUCAGUAUUGUAUUCAUUAAUUAGAAUCCAGUGCCACAUAUCCCAAAUCACCUGGUUUACCUGUUCAGAUGGACAGGCACCUACAGAUGGACAGGUAAAACCAGGUCAUUUGGAAUAUGUGGCACUGAACUGUAGCUAAUGAAUACAGGUUGCUCAUCUCUGGCUUACACACACUCACACACAUGCACACACAGUCUGCAUGUCGGCCAAGAAGAGUGCUGUCUCCUGGAACCAGACAUGGGAAGAGGGGUGGACUCGCCAGCCCCAUGUCGGAUCAUUUUUCUUAUCAAGACUGCAUGGUGGUUCAAGUUUGAUUUGGCGAAGCAAGAAACAUGCUUUGAGCUGCCUUGUGCCAAGCUUGACUGAAGAAGACAUAUACAGAUCCUGGCCAUAUAAUUAAAAUACCAUGAAAAAGUUGAUUUAUUUCCUUAAUUCCAUCAAUGUUUAACUUUCAUGGAUUGUAGAUGCAUUGUCCACAUGUUGAACUAUUCCAAUCAUUAAUUUGCUUAUUUUUACAUAUUUUGGUCUUCCAGCUCCAAAAAAACAUGAAUUGAGGAAUUGACAUUAUUAGAAUAUUGUAAUACAAUUUAGAGCUGGAAUGUGGUCAGUGCAUCUACAAUCAAUGAAAUUUAAACAUUAUUGAUGGCAUUUUGGAAAUAAAUCAACUGUCUCAUGAUAUUCUAAUUAUAUGGCCAGGAUCUGUACGUUAUUUAUCCUCCUCAUAUAUUGUAUAUAUAUGAGGGCAAAAUUAUAACCAUAGUCCUUUAGGACCCUUUUUAAAUCAAGUUUUGUCUUGCACACUCUACAGAGAAGUCGUAGAGAUUUUGAAUCCAUUUGAUGGACACUGGUUUCUUUUCUAUCGGAAUAGCACUAUCCCUGUCUUAUCUAACUCUCAUAUCAGGUGCUAGCCAGAUCCACCAACAGUGUGGGACAAACGGGUCAGUUCUCCCAGGCCCAGGCAGAGAGGAUGGCCAGAAUUGGGUCCUCAUUACAUUGUAUGUAUUGAGAGGUGACUUUGUCCUGGGCCUGGUGAAGGCUGUCAGCGGCCCUAAGUGCUACUAUCAGAAAACUUAGGUCAAUACAUUUACAAUACAUUUUUUACUCUGGACUUCUUUCCGAAGCUUUUACAGUAAGCUAUUUUCCACUACCUCACAACUCAAAGCUAUGACAUCAGACAAAUUAUGAGAACAGACCACAUAUUCUGGUCACAUUCACAAUGUUAUGUCAUUUUGGAAACAAAUACUAAUGCAUGUUUGAUAAUGGCACUUACUUACAAAAAUGGACAUGCAAUGUUUUUUUCACUAGAGGGCAGCAUUUUUCUCUCCCUUUCAUGUCAUCUAACAACCCAUUAGGAUUAGAAUCCUUCUCACCGAAGGCACCUCUUUCCUAAAUCUCCCUAAACCCUUCAUUGUAACUUAUCCCUGGUCACUACAUAAAUAUAUUAUAUCAUUGGCCAUUGAAGUGGUCCCUACUCCCUGAAAUGAAGAAUUAUGAUUGCAUUUGGAAUUUAUUUAAAGACUUCCAAGUGGCCUUACACAGCACUGUGAACCCUGUGAAGCAGUGCAUAAUUAUGUAGGAGAUGGAAGUACGACAUAAGUCUUACAGCUUAACUUGACAUGCACUUUCUAAGAGGCAAGUCUGUCUCAUUUAGACAGGAGGUCAUUGCCAUUUGAUCACAAAAUUGUUGAAGCGUUAUUUGGAUCUUGUUUUCAACAAUGCUAACACAAUGUAACACAUUUACGCUAAAAAGAGGAAUCCUAACAAAAUGUCACAACCUGGUUAUAAGCUGUCUCAGUUCUGUGAACAAUAAAAUUGGGUUUGAACAUCA